CACAAUUUGAUCGAACGAGGAGGGAAUGAAACCAGACGGCGGCCUGCUGAGAGCUUUUGUCGUACCCACUACGUUCGCCUUGGCAUGGCAAGCGUGGACGACACUUACUGCCAGCAAUUCGAGCUUGUUCGUUUCCGCAACCCUGGAGCAAUGCCACCUAGACUGCGCAGGAAACACCACCGCCGAACUUGUUGCCGAUGCAGCUCUGAAUGGUGGAAGCUGGAGUGUUUGGGACACCCAACGACUCGUGGGGCCGACCGAACCCGCGUCGGAGGUAAAUGCGACGUACCCCUACGCUAGGGCACCGCUCCCGCUUCCUUUCCACAGCUUCUGCCAGCUGGGAUGCUCCUACUUUUUCGCGGGCUCGCCUCGAAACACAACCUGCAGUGGACUCUGCGACGAUUUCUACGUUCGGAACGUGUCAGUGGGGAUCAACGACUACGCAGAAAAGGCCAGGCUUGAAUGUCGAGAUGGUUGCAACAUUGCGGUGCUACGAUGCCAGCCAGGGUACUCGUGUGCGGCCGGCGUCAUGUCGGAAUGCUCUCCAGGCACCUAUCGCAACACUUCGUACGACAUGAUAAACACGUGCACACAGUGCCCAAAGGGGACAUACCGAGCGAAAGGGAAAGGCAGUGGCGUGGACGAUUGCGCACUUUGCCCCGUCAACACGUACCAGAACACGACGGGAGCGACUGCAGAAACCGACUGCAUCCGGUGCCCCGAUGGCUUCUACGCGAAGGAGGAAGGCACGGCGGAAUGCAGCUGCGUGACGGAGGAUAGCUGCUUGCCAGAGUGGCAAAACUUCCAACGAGACUCGAUGCCACACAUUGGUCGCAACUAG